GGGUUUCGCUUUUUGGACAAAUCAAUACUAGGUCAAGCACCAUAUUGGAUAUAAAAUCCCCAUCUCAUAGGAAUAUUUUAUCCAUGGCGACACCGCGCGGAAUACUGCGCUUUACACCGCAUACAUUCAGAGUUUCCAAUUCUUCUCAUGACGUCCGUGCUUCGCCCAGAAAGAGGCAGAAAACGGACCUUGCUCAUAAAUGGGAAAUGGCCUCGCAAAUGAUGCUCAACGUAGAGGAAGAGGAGAACGAUGGCUUGCCUAACAUACUGUCCUCUUUUGAUGGUAGUUUCUCCGCCGUAAAAAAUAAGCAGAAGAGCCUCAUCAAGAGAGAUGCAAAAGGCAAGGGGAAGUUGGUCGAAACGAACAUUGAUGUAGAUAUGGAUCGUUGGUCCCCCCCUCCUUGUGAUCCGACACUGCAAAUUCCAGGGGAACUUGUGCUCGCUAGGCCCCCUCGAAAUAAUAAAUUUUGGCCUGCAAAACUAAUAGCAUAUAUCCCUCCCACCAAGGCAACACAAAAAUCGAAGUUUACAGUCAAAUUUCUGGACGAAUUGGAAUAUGAUCUAACAAGAGACCGAUUUUACACGUCAGAAGAGCCAGGGUUUGUUGAUUGUGAGUUAGGAAAGUUUGAAAGCGAGAUGAAAGAUGCCAAUGACGAUGAUGAGAGUGCCAGCGAAUCCGAGGCGACUGGAGAGGGCAGAGGACGACAUCGAGCGGAAAGCCCGGUCCCGAAGUCUCCCAUUCCAGAAGACUUUGAGGGGCUCGGUAUGCGCGAACAGCUCGCCUACGUCAAGCCUGUGCUUUCAGCCGUGCUCAAUGAACUAUAUGCGCCUGCGCUGGACCGGCAUCGGCGGUUCCUUAAGGGUGGUGCUGCGCGGGACUCGUUGCAGGAGGGUGCGGCAGUAAGAGGGACCCUAUCGCCUGCGGAAAUUAGAAAACUGCAGUCACACCUGUGUGAGUGGGUAUUACGGGAGGAGAAGCGUGCCAAGGUGAUGAUAGAUGUUGGUGAGCAGAAUGUCAAUGGUAUUGGCAUCGAACCGUCCGUGCAAGUGGAAACUCAAUCAGCUAAUGGGCCCGCUGAGGUACCCGUUGAGGAAGGGGAGGUUCCUAUGUCUCAAGGUAAUAUUGUUGAAGUAGCUAAGGUGGAACCUCCGUCGGCACAAGAUGUACAAUCUCAGCCACUUGCCGCUGAAGAAGCGCUGAUAGUUGAUGAACAGCCUCCACCAGCCGCUGCUCCUGAGACGUUAGAACAGCUCGGAGACUCGCUGUCAGCUGAACCCCAAGCAAUCCCCGAGUUGUCCAUGGUUGAUAAGCAUGAGGAUCACGAGGCCAAGGAGACAGAUGCGAACUCAGUAGUUGCAUCACUUCCACGAACGGAAUCAUGCUAUCCACCGCGGCAGCGUGGAUGUGAAGGAUAUGAAGCGCUAUCAGGCGUCGAGAAGCUCUCAUACUGCGCAAACAUACUUCUUCCUGAGGCUGUUCAUCAAAUCUUGCUAUGGCGGACCGGAGAGCGUACAUCGGUCGAUUUGCUCUCAGCAGAUGAAGAGAAAAAGUUGCACGACGCAGGGGUAAGUAUGGCGAACGAGCAGGAUUGGGUAUUUGGGAUUCUACACUUGCGUGAUGCUCAGGCGCGUCUUCGAGAUGGGAUUCGGGAGAGUAAAGCUAUCGUUCCACCUGUUGCACCAGCUGCGACAGGCGGGACGCGAUCUCGGCCAAGGAGGGCUACUGUCUCGCGCCGCUAGUUCCAGGGGUUGAGGGGAUAAUAUGAGUACGAGUAUCGUGCUUAUCGCUUUGUUUACCUGCUGUGUCUUGUUAUCUCU